AUGUCUGAUGAUAAUUUAUCACCAAGACCCUCACGUCUUGACCUUCCCAAGGCUUUCAAGUACUCCAGACAGACACCUUCCUCACAGGAAGAUGAGAGUUCACAGAAUGAACAUCUGUUUGAUGUCGAGGAUGAGUCUAUAGGGUCUGAGGAUGACUUAGAGUUUCUAGACUUUGAGGAUGAGGAGUCUGAGGAGGAGUACCUGGAGGAGGAUGACUUUUUGGAUGAGGAAGCAAUACUUCAAAGGGAAACGUAUCUGUUUCAAGCAAAAUGCAUGGAAGAGUCUGCAUAUCUGAAAGAAAAGAAGCUCCAGAAGCAUCUGGAAGAUGAAUUCAAGAUAGAUACUACAUCAAGCCUGCUCGAUGACAAUGCAAGGAGUCCAGUUGGAAGUGCCUCUCAAGGAACCCACCCGACUCUCUCUUCUCCCGGCUCUACAGACGACCUGAAAUUUACCACUUCUUCUUACUACAGUUUGCCAGGAGUCUCUGUUGCCCUAAGAAAUCAGAGCAGUCAGACAGAAUGGGCCUACAAGACUAAGUCGGGACUAUCCUUAAAAUCCAAAACAAGACUGGAUCAACAUUCCUCCAUGCUAAUCUAUUCGAAAACUGACCUGGAAGACAGCUUCCAGCAAGGGGUCUUCUGGGACACGCUCAUGAAUGAACCUUUCGACAAGCAGAAGGAGGGAACCCUUAAAUCUCUCCCCAGCACCUAUCAGUCUGUGUUUAGGGAGAUCCUCCGGGAGUUGGCAAUGGAGGAGGAACUGGGAGAUGACAUGGACAUUCCCCUGAGUAAGCUGAUGGAAGGUGAAAACAGGAAGAAGCUGGGAAUCUUGUUGAAGAAAAAUUUUGAAAGAUACAGAGAAACAAUUAUGUGGAUUAUGAAACAACGUGAAAGUGACCAGAUAACCCAAGAGAAGUCCAUCACCAUCACAUAUCUACUAUCAACCCUGGAACCCCCAGAGAAGCCUGAUGAGAAGAUGCUCACAAGCCGUCAGUCUCUCUCGAGGCUAUUACAUCUAAACACCAAAUGGGCACAGGCAAAGAUGAAGGUACAUCAAAGUGAUGGGAAAAUGGCUGCCUACCACAGUGGGAAGAGCUUCCAUGUUUUCUUUCCUAAUGGCACAGGCCAGAUAUACUAUCCAUCAGGGAACCUGGCUCUGCUCAUCUCCUGCAAAGGAGCCGAAAAACUUACCUAUAUUGUUUUGGAAGACUCUGUACGUACAAAGAUCCGAGGCCUUGUCACCAACUCUGGCCAUGCCACCUUCUAUAACGAGGACGGAAGGAUCUGGCUGAGCCUGAGCAAACUCCUGGGCUAUUACUUCCCCAAAGGCAAGAGGCAGAAGGCCUGGAACUGGUGGAACCUGGACGUGCACGUGCAUGCGCCCCCCUUCAUGUGCAUCACUUUGAAACUGAACAAGUACAUCCAUGUGCAGAUAAGGAGCCAGGACAAGGUCAUCUUCUGCUUCUUCGCCCCCAAACAGAAGCGGAUUUGUUUAAACAUGGGUUCCAAGUUCAAGCUUAUUAGCUCUACAGUGCACCAAGCUUUGAUGCAGAGGGUGGUCCUGGAGACAGACCCCCGCCCAGCAUUAUGGAAGAUCCAAGUCCUUCUGGAAAAAAUGGCCAGGAGUCUGAGUCUCCUGACGCUGCCUGAUUUGGAAAACUUCAUAGCAGUGGUCCAGGUGGUGCUCAGGGACCUCAGUGAAAAGGACUCUUAAACCUGGUCUUAG